ACAGGCAACCAGCUACCAAUGGGCUUUAGUCCAGCUCACUGAUAUAUAAAGAGCUGUAGUCUCCACACUAGGUCUCUUCUUCUCCCUUCGCUUCCUGGACAGUAAAGCAAGCACCAGUCCUGUACAAGUUCAGUCCAGUACAGCUAGGCCAACACCUACAAGUCGGGCAGCCACAUCUACUCUGCCUGAAGGAAAUCCAAAGAGUCUCCUAGAAGAUGGCAGAGGAAGCCUCAUGUUGAAUCUGAGCCAGGCCAAGAGGAAUGGGAGGAGGAAAGAGGCAAUGAUGGCUGAUUACCAGUCACCUCUGUAACAUACUACAGCAAUCUUCUAUCUUCACCAGGCUUUGAUCUAGCAGAGAAGACCAGGAAAUCUGAGCUGUGACAAUGACUGAAGGCAAAAACUGGUGACAACACCUGAAGAAGCCCAACCCAGGAGAGUGUCCAGCCCAGCACAGUGAGUAAGCACCACAGUCUCACUGUAAGCAGAACUCUGCAAGGGAUACAUUGCCAUCCAAGGACAUCCCAGACAACUUUUUGGAACUUCCUUUCAUCUACUGUCCCCAAUGGGGAUGAAUAAGAGUGGCUACUGUGGACUCGUGCUGCUGUGUGUUCUUCUGCAGAUUGCUGGAAGUUUGGCAGAAUGGGAGAUUUGUGUGUUUGGAUUUAAGGAUGAAAAUUAUCACUUCACCGUGUCUAAGUCAUUGGAAGCAGAAACAGUAGUGGGUCAAGUGGACUUUGAAAAGUGUGAGUCGCCAAUAGUGAUCAAAUAUGUCUCAGAAGACCCCGAUUUCCAAGUCCAAGCAGACGGUUCAGUAAUAGUAAAGAACCACUUAAAGCUUCAGAAACAAAGAAAGAUCCAGGUCCUUGCAUUGGAUGGGAAAAAUUUUCUGUCUUCCACUACGGUGACCCUGAAGAAGGAGCAUGCUCACCACAGACAGCAGUCUGACCAUGGGCACCACAAAAAUUCUGAGCACAGCCACAAAAGACAGAAGAGAGACUGGGUGAUCCCUCCAAUGUCCGUACCUGAAAAUGAGAGAGGUCCAUUUCCCAAAAAUAUUAUUCAAAUCAAAUCUAGUAGAGCUGAUGAAAUGACAGUAUUGUACAGCAUCACAGGGCAGGGGGCUGAUUCUCCACCUGUAGGCCUCUUCACCAUGGAGAGAUCAUCCGGUUGGUUAGCCGUCACCAAGCCCCUGGACAGAGAAGAAAUAGCGAGCUACAAUAUCUUUGUUCAUGCCGUAUCCUCAAAUGGAAUAAAAGUGGAAACCCCAAUCGAAAUUACCAUAGCAGUCACAGAUCAGAACGAUAACCGUCCAUACUUUACCCAAGAAGUCUUUGAAGGUGUAGUAGCUGAGGGUUCCUUGCCAAGUACAUCUGUGAUGACAGUGACAGCAUUAGAUGACGACGAUGCAAUUAAUGUGGAUAAUGGAAUUAUUGCCUAUGGUAUAACCAGUCAGGAACCACCAUUGCCCUCACCAAAUAUGUUUGCGAUUAAUUCCGAGACUGGUGUGAUCAGUGUUUUGCAAACUGGUCUUGAUCGUGAGAAAUAUCCUCAAUACACUCUGACCAUCACAGCAACAGAUCAAGAAGGUAAAGGCUUCAUGACUUCAGCUAAAGCUAUAAUCACUGUGACAGACACCAAUGACAACCCUCCAAUUUUUGAUCCAAGGACAUACACAGCACAAGUUCCCGAAAAUGAUGCUGACUUUGAAGUGGCACGGCUGACAGUCACAGAUGAGGACUCUCCCAAUACAGAUGCAUGGCGAGCUGUGUAUAGGAUCAUCAAAGGCAAUGAAGCCAAUGUUUUUGGGAUAACUACUACUGCAGAUAACAUGGGCCUCCUAAAAACUGUAAAGGGUUUGGACUUCGAGACAAAGUCCUCGUACAUUCUGAAUGUGGUGGUCACAAACAAGGCUAACUUUUCAGUGCCUCUCCUGACCUCCACAGCUACAGUGACUGUGACUGUUACUGAUGUCAAUGAGGCUCCAGUGUUUGACCCCCCAGUAAAAACUGUUACAGUCCCGGAGGACCUGGCCAGUGGGCAGGAGGUGGCAUCUUAUACUGCUCAGGAUCCUGACAAGCAAAUGAAUCAAAAGAUCACGUAUUACAUUGGUAAUGACCCAGCUGGAUGGCUGUCUGUGAACCCAGAGAAUGGUAUUAUCACUGGAAAUGGCCAGCUGGAUCGAGAGUCCAUGUAUGUCAAGAACAACACUUACAAAGCCAUCAUCCUAGCUGUUGACAAUGGUAAGCCAACUGCCACUGGAACAGGGACCCUUCAGAUAAUACUGCAGGAUGUAAAUGAUAAUGGACCCUAUUUAGAAGAUCAAGACAUAGUAAUGUGCCUGAAGAAUCCCGACUCUCCACUUAUCAACAUAAUUGACAGAGAUGAAAAACCAUUUACAGACCCAUAUACAGUAGAACUCAACCGUGAGGCCCGUGAAAACUGGACAGCCACUGUGGUGAACAACAAAUUUGAGAUUAAACCAAAAAAAGAUCUUCCAGAAGACACAUACACAGUGCUUGUCUCCAUCUUGGAUAGUCAGAUGCUUAAAAACACAACUAUACUAAAGAUACAAGUAUGCGAAUGUGACGGGACAACGUGUAAUGAAGCAAAAGCAUUGGCUGGAGGGGUGGGGAUCCCUGUGAUACUUGGCAUACUUGGAGGCAUCUUGGCACUUUUGAUCCUGCUGUUACUUCUCCUGCUGUUUGUGAGAAAAAGGAAGGUUGUCAAGGAACCCUUACUACCUCCUGAAGAUGAAACACGUGAUAACGUGUAUUGUUACGAUGAAGAGGGUGGAGGAGAGGAAGAUCAGGAUUUUGAUCUGGGCCAGCUUCACCGUGGCCUUGAUGCCCGUCCAGAAAUCAUGCGCAAUGAUGUUGCACCAACACUGAUGCCAGCCCCGCAGUACCGUCAACGUCCAGCCAAUCCUGAUGAAAUAGGAAACUUCAUUGAUGAGAAUCUAAACGCAGCCGACAAUGACCCAACUGCUCCCCCCUACGACUCCCUCCUCGUCUUCGAUUAUGAAGGCAGCGGAUCAGAGGCCGCCUCCCUCAGCUCCUUGAAUUCCUCCAAUUCAGAUGGGGACCAGGAUUACAGCGCUCUAAAUGACUGGGGACCUCGAUUCACUAAACUGGCAGACAUGUAUGGAGGAGACGAGGACUAGAAUGUGGCUGCAGGUGACAUCUGAGAAACACAACGGCAGAAAUUGUGAUCUAUUUUUCAUUAAUUCACACUGUAAAAAAGAGCCUGGACAGGAGGUUUGCUAAGAUCUGCUGCCCCUUAUUUUCAUCUGAGGUGUCAUCAUAGGACACUUGUCAUCUUUUAUUGCACUGCUAAUAAAGAACAGGAUUUAUUUAAGAAAAGCAGCUGUAAAUUCUGUCUUAUUCUUUGUCCUCUGUGCCAUUAAAGCAGUGGUCUCCAACCUGUGGCUCUCCAGGGGUAGCAAAGCUACAAUUCGCAUCAUGCCCUGACAGAUGAUGAGAUGACAGGCUAUGCUGGGAGUUGUAGUUUUGCAACUGCCACAGGCUAGAGAAAAGUGUCUAAAAAGCAAUGCUUGCCAAACGUAUAGUCUGUGUUGUGCUUAUAUCCUUUUUUGUUUAUUAUGUACUGUGAUCUAGUCUAUAUGUAAUUUAUCCCUGGGAUGUCUUAAUUCUGUUAAUGAAAACCUCAAUACAAUUCUAUCCAGAAAACUAUAUUUGCUUACACAUGACAAAUGUACUGGCGGAAGGUUAUGUAUGAAAAAAAUAGCUGUUGCCUGUGACAAGAAUUCCAUUUUUGGUUGCAUAUGAAAUUUGAUUAGUUGCCGCGGCAACACUACUAUUCUUAUUUGUACAAGCCAUUGCAACCAAGAUAGUAAUAGAUUUGAUGUUUAAUCAUUUAGUUUACAGUAAAAUCUGCAGCAGAUCCUGUACAUGUGAAUAUACCCUAUAGGAGCAUUCACGCGCACUGGAGCCACUGCGGAUUUAAAGUUGUGGAUCACAAUUGUGGUGGUAGAAUCCGCAGUUGCAGACUUUAUAAGGCAAUCACUUUAUUGACAUAAAAAAAUACAUAGGAAUUGCCUUGUAAAAUCCACAGUUGCAUACAACUUCAAAUCUGCAGCGAAUCUGCUGUGUGAAUGCACCCUUACUCUUUAUUAUGAUUGCUAAGGGCUCACUGCUCAUUGGAAGGACCUUAUUUUUAACUGAGUCUUACAAAAUCCUAUGAAAAGCUCCAAAACUCAUUGUUUAUACUUGCUUAUAUAUUUUUUUGUACAAAAAUAAAAUUGUUUAUAUAAAAUAAAAUGUUUUACAGUGAUCAUUACGUUUCUCCUUUAUUCUCUAUUUGCAAGGUAGGAUCUUACCUUACAUUUGUAGAUCAUGUAUGUAGAAAAAAUCCUCUGACCUUAAAGGGUAUAAAAAAUAGAAUUACAGCACACUGAGGAUUCAUAAUGUACAGCAUUCUCAUUCUGUUGUGCAAAUGCUGCAGAUUUACAACACUGAUUUUGCCUAUUCAAUGCACAGAGGUGACAUUUUCAGCACAAACCACAGCAAAAUCCUCAUGUAGCA